AUGUCCACAGAAAAGUCACCCGAACCAGCCGAUCCCAUUUCGGCCCCUACUACUCCCGUUUCUCACACUCCACAGACUCCCCCCGACCUUCCACCUAAAAACGCACCUCCCUUGCCUCCCAGAGAUGGAAAACCCAACUUCAAGCCCAUAUACAACAUGAAGUCUCUGACUGCUACGAUUUUGGCGUUUCGACAGAGUGAAUUGUACGGUUCUCCAGGCAUGAACAUGUAUGGAGACAUCUUUGCCAGCACACCAGUUGAAAUGGAACCGCGGUUGGCCACUGCUGUGUCCGACAGCCCCGAAUGGGCCUCAAUUAUUCGCGAUUAUAGCGAUGAAUACAUUCGGACGAAUCGGGUUCACGAAAUUGAACAAUUGGUAUUAAAAGGAAUCCCAGCCAGUGUCAGGCCAUUAGUCUACUUGAAGACGAUGCGUGUGAGAAGUCAUAUUGAGAACGUUAGCUACCAUAGUGUGGUAAAAAGAGCCAAAUCUGCUCAAUGGGAGAACGCGUGUGCCGUGGAGUCUUCUUUGCCUGAGGAUGUGGCCGAAUUGUUACAAGUUUACGAAUAUUGCAUCAAAGAAAUAAACUCUGCGGCACAAGAACCAGACGUGACCACUAAGAAGUUUGUUAAUGGCGUUUUGCCAUUUUUGGUUAAUCUUCCAGGCUUAGGGAAACCCGAGGUGCUUGCUUUAGUAUUUAAAUUCGGUGCCCUUGUGAAUAGAGCAUCCAAAGACGAGUUUUAUUAUAAAUGCAGCAGAGCAGUGGAGGAUGCUGACGGCGACGUACUUUUGCACAUUUCCAAACAGGGAGUUGAUAUCUCAGAGUUUUAUAAAGGCAUUCUUCUGGAUCUUUUCUCGAGUGGCAUUGAACAGGAGGUCUUGCUCUGCAUUCUCGACUUGGUAGUAUUUGAGGGAAUUGACUUUUUGGUUCGUCUAAUUGCUGCCCUAUUCAGCGAACAUUCUGCAAAAAUCUUGAAAGCAAAGGAUGACGAGCUUUCAAAUUACAUAUUUUCUGACAAGUUCUUAUUGAGUGCUUCUCAUGAUACGAUUUGCAAAGCUACGGAUACAGAAAUCUCGUUGAUCAAGUACGAGAAUGAAUUUCAAUUGAUGAGCGCCAAUGCAAUUAGUGGAAAUGAUAACGAGCUCUCCAACUUGAAGGAUGCCAAUGAGGACUUGAUGCUUCGUAUUAGUGAUAUCAGAAAGAAAAUUGAGAAUUUGAAGAAGACUCAAACUGAGAUCCUCAGCCAGAGUGAAGAAUACACUCAACGAUUACUGGCCGCACAGAAAGAGAAGAAGGACCUUUCAGACCUUGCACAGGAGCUCCAGGCUAAGUAUGCCCAUUUAACUAUGAAAGAGAAUUUGAACAACACAAUUCAGGCAAACAAGGAAAUCUCCAGCGAAAACGCGGAUUUGGAAGCCCAGAUUGAAGAGAUUUCAAAGAAAGUCGAAGGUAAGAAACAAAAGCUCGAGAAGAUAAGCAAUGCUUAG